AUGUCAUUUCCGAAAAAUAGAAGCGUAAGUGUUUCAAAAGGUUUAAUGGCGGUGGCAGAUGUGAAGUUAAAUUCACCAACUCAAACAAACAGUCAAAGUGUUGUUGUCAAUGUUAAAGACAGAGAUGUUGAAGUGGGGAAACCAUACGAAGACGAAGAUGGUAUAACAAUUGUUCCUGUAAAAGAACCAACAUAUCCUGAAGUUAGCAGAGACUUAAGUUCUGUUGCAGAUAUUCGAAACGACUACCAACAACUGAAAGACAAACUUCAAACUCAGGAGAAGAUUUGUCAAGCUUUAGGUAUAAUGUUAAACUUGGUCGAACACAACCCUGUAAAAGUGAACUCAUAUGUCAUUGCACCUCAUGAAGUUUUGAAAGAACUAUUGAAACUUUUGACAGAGGCAGACGAUAUAAACAUCAAAGAAAUAGAACCCGACGUUAGUUGCUGUGGUGUUUCAUAUAAU